AAUUAGAGUGAGAAAACAUAUACUUGUCUCACUUUAACUUAUUGUAUCAGUUCAGCAGUUAGCUGAAAGAACAUACCACUUCAGUAUACGUAACAUAAACUAUAGAUUUUCAGUGCUAACAGUGAAUUUCGGAACGCGGCCAUAAUUUCGUUGAAAUUUUAAUUGCUUGUGAGAGUUUGAAAAAAGUCUUGCCACUUUACUACGUUCUGUUACAUUAGAUACUAACGAUCUUCGCUAAUAUCACUUUAAUGACCAUGGAAGAAUGGAUUAAUCAGAAAUUGUCUGAACUUUUGGACUUUCCUAUUCCAGGAGAUAUGAUCACGUUUAUUACGCAGAUAGAAAAUGAUAGAGAUUUAGAAGAUUAUUUCUCAACUUUGCUUGAUAAUAAAAAUUCAAAGCACAGACAAUUUGUAAUGGAACUGAAGAAGCAACGUGCAUCUUAUAACAAUCAAGCUGGAUAUAAAAAAGUAACAGAAAAAGACAAUAACAGAAACUCUAACAAACAACAUGAGAAGAAGAAAGGAAAAACUAAGGGAAGAGAAAAUGUUCAGGCUCAGUUUCAGGAAAAACAGACACAGAUUCAGGAAAAACCAGAAAAGAUUGAAAAAAAGAAAACUAAAUUUGUUAAUUUAUAUACCGAAGGAGCAGUACUUUUGAAAGGAAGACAUAAAUGCAACUGUGAAGCAAGGAGACACGACUUGGUUAAUAAUUGUUUCGAAUGUGGCAGAAUAGUUUGUGCACAAGAAGGCUCUGGACCUUGUUUCUUUUGUGGUGAGCUUGUAUGCUCUCCUAACCAACAAGCGAUUCUUCAGAGUAAAUCUAAGCAAGCAAAUAUUUUGAAAAACAAAUUGAUGGAACAAAAACCAACCAAGAAUCUGGAUGAUUCUCUUAAACAGAGAGACAAACUUCUUGAAUACGAUCGCAAUAGCGCCCGUCGUACCAAAGUAAUUGACGAUCAAUCGGAUUAUUACCAGUCAAGCAGUAUUUGGUUUAGUGCUUCAGAACGCGAGAAGAUUCAGAAGCAAGAAGCAGAAGCGUAUGCUCACAAGCAUAUGUCACGCUUGGAUAGAAGAAUUGCUGUAGAUCUCAUGGGAAGAGAGGUGACUGGUCAAGAUCAAGCCAUUAGUCAAUCUUACAGUUUGGAUGAGAUCUCUAUGGAAGCGAUUUCAUGUGAGGACACUGAAAAUCCGAACAUCUGUCCAACAAUCGAAUUCGAGCGUCCAAUGUUUGUCGAAAUGGGAAUACCUACAACAAACGGAUGUCGCGAGGAAUACAUAUGGAACGCGGAAAAUAGGAUUCAGGAUAGAGAAUAUUUGGAGAUGUCCGACCAAGGUCUGUGCUUAAGCUUACAUCAACCGUAUGCAUCGUUGCUGGUGGCAGGAAUAAAAACCCAUGAAGGUAGAACUUGGUAUUCUUCGCACAGAGGAAGAUUAUGGAUAGCAUCUACCGUUAAAAUACCAUCUGCCGAAGAAAUAUCUAAUAUACAGUUUGCUUACCAUAUGUUAAAAAGUGGAGACAUUAAGUUUCCCGAGAAUUAUCCAACGGGUUUCUUGCUGGGCUGCGUAACGGUGACAAAUGUUCUUCCUCAAGAGGAAUAUAGGAAAUUAUAUCCGGAUGGUGAAAGUGACAGUCCAUAUGUUUUUAUAUGUGAAAAUUCUUGCAUAUUGCCGAUACCAUUUCCCAUAAAAGGAAAACACAAGAUUUACAAAUUGGACAAGAAAAUUCACCAAGCUGCUUCUAAACAUAUCGAAAAAGUUAUGAAAAUAAAUAAUAAGUAACAAUUGUUAUUAUCAAUUUUAUAUGGAUUUCUUUCUGAUGAGAGUAAGAUAAAUUCACCAAAGGUAGAUUAUUUUAUUAAGUCGAUUGUUGCUUCUCUCUCUGCAUACAUUUAUUCAUAUUUUAAUCUAAUUUAAAUAUUUAAAAAUAAUUAUAUAUUAUCUCUUUGCAUAUUUUGUACAAAUGUAAUGUCUAUGAUAACACGUUCUAAUAAAAAUUUUACAUGAAUAUAA